GUUGCAAAGGCUACAGGUCCGCAUCUUCAUUUACAUUUACUGAGAGAAACUGAGGAUUUGAAGGAACCUUGCGACGAGAGAGGACGCGUGUGACUCCGCUCCUACAUUUUUUUGAAGCUAUUUCCCGGAUUUCACAACACAGCAUUGGACAUCUGUAGGCUGCUGCUGCAUCUUUCACCCACACAACUCUGUUGGCAAGCAUAAUGGAAUCCACUGAGAGUGUCAUCAGAAUUCCAGCUGUACUGAUGCCUUCCUACAACAAGUUGAUCACAACGGAGGAAGGCAAAAGUGCAAUGAAGAGGAUUCGAGUGGAGUGUGGUGUGUGCAAAGCCACUCGCUUCUAUUCCAUCCAUCGUGGCAUUACACGCAUUGCAGGGGUGGUGGCUUGCGAGGGAUGUCGACAGUUUUAUCAACGAUUUAAGAAACAGCCGAGACUGGAGCAGUGUGACAAGGGAGGCAGGUGUUUCCUUCAGGACGAGAUGCCCAAGAAGUGCAAGGCUUGUGGGAUGGCUCAUAUCUUGACCAGAUGCCCAGUGCCGCCCUCUCUGUACCACAAUUUGCUCAGCUACCUUCCCACAGACCUUAAGAAAAGGAUGCCCGAUCAGCCACCCACAUCUGUGGAGGUGCCUCAGGAGCGUCGGGGAGGCCUGGGUCUGGAGGUGUACAAAGGGGAUACAUGGGAGGAUGUGACAGACAGGAGUGAGGGACGAACAUCUACCAUCAGGGCUGAGGAGGACACAGAUGCAGAUGAUCCCAAUGUGGAUGACUUGGACAUGGAGUUUGAGGAGAUGGUAGUGGAUGAUCCUGACCUCCCUGAUGCUGAGCCCUGUGAGCAGACCCCUUCCCCAGUACCUGUUCCACACCAGCACCUCGCGUUGGCCGCCCUAAGAAGAAACCUGGGCCCAAGGCUGCUGGCGAUCCUGACCAACGGACUGCUCAAGGGUCAACCAGAGGAGAAACAUUGGUGAUGGCAUCUUUGCUGGAGGGCCUCAAGGUCAACAAUCAAUUCAUGGAAAACUUUAACCCUAAAACAAGUGAGCGGAUGAGACGCAAGAAGAAGAAAGUGCAGUAUUUCCACAGCUCAGGCAGG